GUUUAACUUUGUUUUCUUGCGACAUGUCAGUGGUCUGAUUGUGAACUAAGGUUCUAGAGCGAAGUUGCGAGGUAACUUUGACAUGGGAAACGUGCGGCGUUCGUGUGUGUCAAGUUAAAGAAGGAAACAGAAAACAGAGAUGGGUCACACUGCUCUGCUCUCAGUAGCAGUAACUGUAGUUUUUCUGUGGAUUGCAGCUACUGAAACAAGUGCCAUGGAAGAUGAGAAACUCUUGUGUACAUGUGAGAAUGAAAAAGGCACGUGUGUGAACGGGACGUGCAGGGGAGAUUACUGUUUCUACAUGAGGGUGCACGGUCUGGAGGAGAGGGGCUGCUUCUCUGCACACAACUACAGGGAGCAGUGCUAUACCAGCUUUGAGCGCUUUUUUGUCUCCUGCUGCAAAGACAAAGCUCUGUGCAAUACCUACAUUACGCCACCUCCCAGUAUUGAUGGAGCCACCAGUCCCCCGGUACCAGCUCACCCAGAGGUGUGGAUUGCAAUUUCUUUUCUCCUCUUGAUUGUGGCAGUGUGUGUGUUCUGUGUGGUUUUGUUCCUUCGUUUCCGCCGUACUCAUUGUAAACUCAAGAACUCUGAUGAUCAUGAUGUCACUAUGCUGAAAAUGCCACAUGGUGAAGACCCAACAUAUGGGGAUCUUUUUGAUGAAUUCUGUACAUCAGGGAGUGGCACAGGGUUGCCAUAUCUAGUCCAAAGAACGAUGGCAAGACAGAUUUCUCUUGUGGAAUGUGUUGGUAAGGGCAGGUAUGGCGAGGUUUGGAGGGGCACAUGGAUGGGGGAGAGUGUAGCUGUGAAGAUCUUCUCAUCCCGAGAUGAGCAAUCCUGGUUCAGAGAGACUGAAAUCUAUAACACUGUGCAGCUGCGGCAUGACAAUAUACUUGGAUUUAUAGCCUCUGACAUGACAUCCAAGAACUCAAGCACACAGCUGUGGCUGGUCACGCACUUCCAUGAGCUGGGCUCCCUAUAUGACUUUCUUCAGUACAGCAGUCUGGAGCCGGAGAGCUGCCUGAAGAUGUGCCUGUCUGUGGCUUGUGGCCUGGUUCACCUCCACACUGAGAUCGUAAGCUCUCAAGAAAAACCAGCCAUCGCACACAGAGACCUGAAGAGCCGAAACAUCCUAGUCAAGAGGAAUGGACAGUGUUGUAUUGCUGAUCUGGGUUUAGCAGUGAUACACUCCCAGUCAAAUGACUACCUGGAUGUGGGCAACAACCCUCGUGUUGGCACUAAGCGUUACAUGGCUCCUGAGGUGUUGGAUGAGACCAUUCGAAUGGACGUCUUUGAGUCCUACAAACAAACUGACAUUUGGGCCCUGGGUCUAGUUUUCUGGGAAAUUAGCCGCAGGACUAUUGUCAAUGGGAUCGUUGAAGAGUAUCGACCUCCUUUUUUUGACUUGGUGCCAUCAGAUCCUAGUUUUGAAGAAAUGAAAAAGGUGGUGUGUGUAGACCAACAAAGACCCAGCUUGCACAACAGGCUGCACUCCCAUCCAAUCUUGGCAGCGAUUGUGAAGAUCAUGAAAGAGUGCUGGUUCCAAAGUCCGUCAGCCCGCCUCACAGCCUUAAGGAUCAGAAAAACCCUCUCCAAGCUAGACCACGAUGGUGACUACAGCAUUGAAAAACUCAAACAAGAAGUCUAAACCAAAUGGGGGAAAGUCUUAGUAAGGGCUGCAGGGUAUUUAAAUCCUUCAUUGCACAGUACUAGCUGUAUAUCAUUAACAUAUUUAGAGCUAAAUAUGACUAAUGUUGAUAUUAAAACCACAUGACUUUGAGGCAAGAGAGUCUAGACUGCCAACACCUGAGGUUAUAUUAUAAUAUGGCAGAUUUUUGGUUAUUCAAACAGUCAAAAACAAAAACAAAACAAAACAAAAGAAUUGCAUUUUAAAAUGUCUCAGCUGCUAAAUUUCUUAUAGCAGCAUACAUAUUUUUGAAUAUUGUGUUGUAAAUCUCAUGCAGUCAAAUUAUUUAUCAAAAAAUGUUUAGCACUGAAUGUACCUUUCUGAAUAUUAAAGUACUUACAUAUGAGAGGUUUGUUUAAUAUUAGAAAAUAGCAGGGCACAGUACAUAUUUGUCUAUGUACAUAUGAGUGUAUUUAAUCGUGAUGAGUGUAAAUAGGAUGCCUAAUGGUUCUAUUUUAUAAUCAGCAAAGGUGAUAUUUUAAGCAAAUGCCACUUUCACUUUUGUACUGAAAAAUAAUUUCACCAUUACACCAUUCACCAUUAUACUGUUGUUAGUACAAUAACAAACCACAGAAAGUAAAAUAAAUGGUUGAAAAAAAGUGUUUUUUAACUGCA